AUGGCAUCCGAAGAUCCUAUCCCCGAUUCGGGCUCAGAUCCGUAUCAAACCCCAACUUUGGCAUUUAAACAAACUCUAUGUUUUUCCUGCUGGGAUAUAUCGUCUAACCUCAGUCGAUGCAUCGCUUGUAAACGGGUCUCAUACUGCUCAAAAAAGUGCCAGAAGCAAGACUGGAACAGGAAUCACAAGAAGAUCUGCAAGAAACUUAUUGCUCUAAAUAAGCGGAAAGAAUAUGUAUCCCCAUUUGGCAGGCAUUGGGGGGACUACUAUGAAGAGCAGGCGCUGUUACUACAUUGUACCCAUGUCAAAGAAAUUAUCAAGCUGAUACUCGCAGUUAGCUACGAGCCAUAUUGCUAUCACUGCUACAGAAGAGAGUCCCAACUUGAAGAUGGGGCGAGGUUGAACGUCUGCCAAUACUGCCUUCUUACCUUGUUUUGCCCUUCCUGCCAGCAAACACAUCCAUCAGCGGAGUGCGCCACCUUGCAAAAUAUUGCGACCGACGACAAGAUCAUGGUAGAUCUGCGCCGUCGAACGGGAAAGAGCUCGACCAUUUCUUUCACCAAAUUUCCCAGGAAACAACACGUUCCUCUCUCUUCUGCAACGGACUGGUAUGAUUACUACACGAGGCUCUCAGACAUGGGUGGUUUUAGGUCUAAAAUGAACCGAGAUCUGAAGUACCAGGCAAACGACCCCAAAGAACGUGAAUUCGUCGAAUAUAUAAGAUAUGGUACCAACACCACCACAAUUCAACUCACCUUAAUCGCUGCCUUAGAAGCGACAAUACCCGAUAUCAGCACUCGCGGUUCGAUUAACCUUCACAUUAUAGGCGCGGCUGGAGCUGAAUUCUCCUCUGUUCCUGCAUUUGAGGAGCUGUUGCACCUUCUACCAUCGCUGACAGCUCUUCAGAUAUCAUUCGUAGGUCUGGAUGUUUCUGAGGACCUUAAAGACGACACCGAAACCCAGAAGUCACACACACUUCAGUGCUGCACCACGUGUACCAAAAUGGGACGGUCAAUUUCCAUUACCACCUGGAGAGGUCCAUAUCAUGCCUACGUCGAUACCAAAUUCUACAAGACGCCAGAUCUAGCAGCAGCCUUCCACUCGGGGUUUUCGGUCGAACAACAAGCGGAAUGGGGCCCAACUAUCAAGUAUCUUGCACUUGCUCCACAUCCAACACUCUUUACUGCGGCUAGAUACUUUGAGAUUCAGGGAGAGAUGGGAGUUUGGAAGAAUCUUGGGGCUGAAUUUGUGAAGAACGCUGAAGUAAAUAAGUGGAAGGGGAUGUCACCUUCCCUUUCAGUGUGUGGAGACAAGCCGAACGAAGUUACCUAUCCAAAUUAUUGGUGGUAUAUCGUGAAACAAAGGUGA